AUGGUAAAUUGGAUUUUAGGCGACCGGUUUGAUACCGUGUAUCCUCAUAAGGGUUCGAUCAAGGCUCUUUGGGAAUCGAAAUGGAAAUUUUGUAGCCAAAAGUCUAUUUAUCCAUUUCAUGAUGGUGAAUUUGAGGAUUUUGAGCCUAUCUUCGAGGAGCUGAUUGCCAAAAACAUCAAUGAUCCCUUCACGGACGCCUACACCAAUGCUUUCUCUCCUAUUGUUGACAAACUUGAAGAAGAAGCAACCACCGCACUGAAUAACAGCCACCCAGACCGUGCCGCUGAUCUCUUCCGCCGUGCAGCUGUAGUGCUUCGUAUCUCCCGUUUCCCCUACGUGAGCCCAACAACACGUCCAGACACCGUAACUAAGCGUGCAGCUUUGGAUCGCCAGAAAUACCUCUAUAUGAAGGCUGCUUCACUCUGGAAUCCAGUUAUCAACGAGGUUAUCAUCCCGCAUACCCGCCGCUCAGCUAAGGAUGGACCUAGCAUCCCGCUGUAUAUCCGUGUGCCUGAGGAGGCUAGCGCCGAUCGCCCUGUGCCUGUCAUUCUUCUUAUGACCGGAUUGGAUGGGUACAGACCUGAUAACAGUCAGCGAACGCACGAGAUUACCAACCGUGGCUGGGCAACAGUUAUCUGUGAGAUCCCAGGCACGGCAGACUGUCCUGCAGAUCCUGCAGAUCCGGAGUCAGCAGAUCGCCUUUGGACUGCUGUGCUAGAAUACAUGGCUCAAAGACCUGAGUUUGAUAUGACUCGUGUUGCAGCUUGGGGACUUAGUGCCGGUGGAUUCUAUGCUAUCCGGGCAGCUUGUACUCAUCGUGACUUUCUUGCCGGCUCUGUGGCUCAUGGUCCGGGUUCGCAUCAUUUCCUUAGCCCAGAGUGGCUAGCCAAGGUAAAUGAUCACGAAUAUCCAUUCACAAUCACCGAUUCCUGGGCAGAGAAGUAUGGCUACGCUACUACUGAAGACUUCAUUCAGAAUUCCCAAAAGAAAUUUUCGCUUGUUGAGACAGGUAUCAUGGAUCAGCCUAACUGCCGAUUGCUUUUACUUAAUGGCGUGGACGAUGGUGUUGUCCCCAUUGAAGAUUCGAUGGUACUUUUCAACCAUGGAGGUCCUAAGGAAGGGCGAUUCUUCGAGGGUACAGUUCACAUGGGAUAUCCACACAGCCUACCAGUCGCCUACAAAUGGCUUGAGGAUGUGCUGUCUCCCAACGCAACACAGGUCAAGAACUAG